GAAAGGGAGAAGGGAAGGGAGGGAGGCCUGGAGCGCAGCGCAGCCCCGGAGCCGUGCCCGUGCUGAUCGCUGACCCGGCUGUGCUGAUCACCGGCUCCCAUGUGAGCUGGCCGCGGCUGCGGGCGCUGCCGGCCCCUCACGGCCCUCACGGGCGGCUGGGCGCGCGUUUCCUCGCCGGCACACACACACACCCCCCACAGCGCGCCUCCGCCCUCACUGCAGACAUGAGACUCCAGCUGCUGCUUUGGAUCGUGGCCGUGCUCCUGGCAAGCCUCCUCCCAGCCUACGGACAGCGGCCAGCCAACCUGGCCCUGCGCAGGAAGCUCCACCGGCACGGCUGCUCCCACCGGCGCUGCAUGCCGCUCCACUCCAGGGUGCCCUUCCCCUGAGCCCCGGCGCAGCGUGGCCAGGUAAAUCCGCGCGUGUGGGCCGGGCCACAGGGAGCACCUUUGGGAAUUCACACCUGCCUUCGGAACAGUGCGCGAGGCAUGAUUGCAGCCGGGCUCCCCUCGUUUGCUUUGGAAACAGGGCUUUGGAGCAGCGCACGGCGGGGCGGUCGCUGUCCCGGAGCCGGGGCGCGGGUCCUGCCGGCCGCUGCCGCCUUCUCCCCCCUCCAGGCUACCCCCGCCGCCAAACGCCUUCGUGAGUUAGUGAAAAACAGCUGAGCCCGCUAAUCAGGCCGAACGCUGCCCUCCGAGGCUGCUGGCAAAGCUGCCGGGCAGAGUGUCACUAGUGCAAAGGCUGGACAGAGCGGCGCUUGCAGAGGAUGCGCGGGGGCUGCAAGCGCUGAAACUUCCCUCGCGGUGGAUGCAGGGCGAAGUCGCCUCACUCUGCCCGUCAGUAACAUGAAGCAACUUCAUACAGCAU